AUGGAUAAAACCACUCAAAUUGAGGAACUUGAAACGCUUUAUAAUGAGUAUAAACCAUUUUUCCCUUCUUGUGAUUUACAUUUGAAUUCUACAAAGAAUACGAAUCAAGUCCCUGGAUCAAAUAAUACAAUCUAUGAUAAAUUAUUACAAAAGAAACUUAAUAAUUAUAUACAAAUAAUAAUAAAGGAAGGUGAAACAAUCCAAGUAUCAGUCGAUAUUAAAGGUUGGUAUGUUUUAGACAAACCUCAAGGUCAUUAUGAAACUUUUGAAGCAUUAUUACUGGAAAUUUCCCCUGGGUUUAGAGAUACAUUUGGGAACUCAUUAGCUAUGAAAUUAAUGCAAUUGCAGGACAAUUAA